UGUGAUAAGAAAAGACCUAUAUGUGAAUCCUGUUCGAAAACCAAUACCAGUCAUUUAUGCAAAUACCAAGAACCAUCAUGGGAUCAUGAAACCAUUCCUCCAAGUUCCAACUAUAUGAAUGCGGCUAAUAUACCUAUGGCCUAUAUCACCAUGCCUCAGCAGAGUAGACAAAAUAGUCAAGGGAAUGUUAAUAGCGGGAAUAGCAUAAAUGCUCCAACGACAACCUCAACAACAAUCAAUCCAACAGUCAAUAAUGACCGUGCAGCUAUCAGAGAGUCAUCUAAUAGUCCAAAUGUUAAUGAGGAAUUGUUCAAAUUACGUGAAAAGAUUGAUUUUUUGGAAUCAAACCUACGGGGAAACAAUUCUGGAAUGAAUGCAUCGGCUAAUAAAGUUACUCAAAUGUCCUUUUAUGAUAGUACUGAGCCUAUUUUCGUUAGAGCUGGUAGAUUGAUUGCUUCUGGUCCUUUAUCAUUUGCCAGUAUAAUUACAAGAGAUCCAUUCUUAAGAGUUUCGUUGUUGAAAGUCCGAAAGGAGAAGAAUCAAUUAUUACCAUUACGCCAUAAAAAUUUAACUACAUCUGAUUUAGUUAAACAAUUGAUCAUUGAAGAUGAUUCAAAUGGAGUUAAGAGUGAAGGCGAAAAAUCUAAAGUUGAUGAAGCUUUCAAGACAAGGUUAAUUGAAAAUGAAGGGUUGGAUGAAGUAAAAUUGACAAAUAGACAAGAAACACAACCAUUUAGUACUAGUAUUGAUUAUGAGACUGAAACCAUCUCAAAAGUUCAGUCUAUUUUGCCAGAAGAUAAAUUAAUGUGGAUGCUUGUUGAUAAAUUUUUCAAAUCUAUUUUGGCUGGGUUUAUACCAUUUGUUACAGAGGAAAAAUUACGUGAACGUAUCAAUGAUAUAAUCAAAAUUGAUCCAAAUUCAGGGAAACGUGAAAUUAAGAUCAAUAAAAGAUUUGAUUUUGCAUAUAUUGGGAUGUUAUUAAUAAUAUUGAGGUUGACAUUUCUAAGUGUUAUUCCAACUUCGAACAAUACACCAGAUGAACAAUACAUUCUUGCAAACCCAAUAACUUUACAAUUUAUAAAUGUUGCCCAAAUGUGUCUCAAUCAGUUCAGAUUAUUAAGAAGAGGAGCAUUGCCUGUCUUACAAUGUUCUUUAUUUAUGAGAUUAUAUCAUAAGUAUGCACCAGAAGAUGGUGAUGGAUCUGAUGGUGGUGAUAGUGAAGUGUUUUUAGGAAUGUUGUUGCAAAUGGGAAACUCAAUUGGUCUGAAUCGUGAUAUGAAACAUAGUGAACCAUUGAAAAAUGAUUUCAGACUACAUAAUUUAUGGAGAAUGGUUUGGCAUGAAAUUGUUACAUUGGAUCUUUAUCAAAGUUUAACUAUGGGGAACCCUAUAUUGAUUAAUACAAAUUGUUAUGAUACAGAGCUACCUAAAUUGGAGGAUAAUGUUGCUAAUCAUAAUAUAUUGGAUAUGGGAAUAUGGAGAGCUGUUGUUGAUAAUUUUGCAGUGAAUGAUGAAGUUAAUCAAGUUGUUAAAGAUAUAUUGGAUGAUGUAUUAAAUUUGAAAAAAAUGUGUAUUUUACAGAAUUUGUUUCCCAAAAUUACCAGAUUGGAAAAUUUGAUUAAUGAGAAAUUUGUCUCUGUUGAAUGGAUUUUACAUUUGGAUAAUUCUGACUUAUAUGGAAGCAUUAUAAAGACUCAUAAAUUUAAGAAUUAUAUUGAGUUGAAGACUGCAUUAUAUGUUAUUUAUUAUCAUAUUUAUUUGAGAACAGAUGAUUUUGAGAUAUUGGUGAAAAUGUUAAAGAUCUGUAUGGAAAUCACACCAUUGAGUUUGUUAUUAACAUCAAUCAAUAACGGUAAAACUAAUUAUUUUGAUGCUAUUUUUGGAUUUGGUGCACAAUUGAUUUUAGUCCCAACCAUAUUGGUUUCUUUACAGAAAACUAAUCAGUUAAUCACUUCAUUAACAUCAAGAACUCUUGAUUAUAAGUAUAGUUAUCCAAAGACACCUCAAACUAAAUCCCAAUUGAUCAAACAAUUAAGAGAUAGACUGUUUAUUAUUGCCAAAGAUCUUCGUGAUUGUUUCUUGAUGUUAAGUUCUGUUUACUAUCAUUCAUGGAGAAUAAGUAAAUCACAAAAUCUAAUUUACAGUGUUUUGAAGAAUGAGCUUAAUAAUCUUUGGGAUAAGCAAAGUACAAUGAAUAGAGAAGCUAUUAAUUUGAACAAAGAAGUGAACCAUGUUAAAGCCAUGCCAACAAGAAAUGAAUUAAAUGAGAUGUCCAUAAACGAACUGGAAUUGAUACUUUCAAUUGUCAAGAAUCCACACUAUGAAACAAUUUUGAAGAACAAAUUGAAAAAUCCUGGUCAUAAUAAGAACAAGCCACUAAUUUCAAAAAAUAUGACAACUCCAACAACUAGUAUAUCUGGAGGUGGAUCAUCUACAGGGUCUACACCAAAUAGUUCAACUAUCCAUAUAAAGAAUUCAGAUUUGACCAAUUUAGAGAUUGACAAGUUGUGGUUCCAAAUGAUGUCCAGUAAUAACAACCAAAUGAAUAAUUCCACCAAUGUAUUGCCAGGAAAUGAAGACUUGUUGGCGCACGACGAUAACUACGCUAUGAUGGAUUUUGAUAAAUUGAUGGGAGACACUUCACCGUAUGAUAUCUUUGGAGAUAUACCAUUUUAUCAUGAAAGAUGAAUAUAUAUAUUGUUUCAGUCACGUGAUGUAGUUCUGCCAUUUCUA